GCAGCAAAGCAACGCAACGCAGCGACAGCGACGCCAGCUGCGAUCUCGACGGCUGUGGAAAUGUAUAAAACUUGUAUCUUGUAUCUCACAAAUUUUUCGGCCGCGGACAAGGAAACACAGAAAUAUGUCGAAUAUUUUUGUAAAUUCAGAAAAGUAGUUCCAAUAAAAACUAUCCAUCUAAAAAUUAAUACAAAUUGGAACAAAAGUUGAUUGAGAAUUUGUAGAAUCGCUCACUCGCUCGUCCGCGGCCCCACGACACGACUGUCUGUUCUUUUUUGUGUGUGACUGUGUGCCAGUGCCUAAAAAAUAUAGUGUAAAAAUAAAACCGCUAUUCCAGUGAUUAUCCCAGAUAAUGACCCAAUUGUUCAGAGAAUAACCACCCCAAGGAGAUACAUACAUUUAUAAGCAGAAAGAGGAGAGGAGAGGAGGACGGACCUGCUACGGCUAUAUUCUAUAGCCACGACCAAGACGUCUGGACCGGGGGCCGCCAUUAUGCUGGUGCCGUCGGACAUGAUCGCGGCACAAUCCAAAAUGGUCUACCAGAUGAACAAAUACUGCGCGGAUCGGGUGCAGGUGCGGAAGGCGCAGAUUCACAAACAGAUCCAGGAGGUGUGCCGCAUCGUCCAGGACGUCCUCAAGGAGGUGGAGGUGCAGGAGCCGCGCUUCAUAUCCUCCUUGAACGACUACAACGGUCGCUUCGAGGGCCUCGAGGUCAUCUCGCCCACGGAAUUCGAGAUCAUCAUCUACCUCAACCAGAUGGGGGUCCUCAACUUUGUGGACGACGGCACCCUGCCCGGCUGUGCCGUGCUGAAGCUAAGCGACGGCCGCAAGCGCUCCAUGUCGCUGUGGGUGGAGUUCAUCACGGCCUCCGGCUAUCUGUCGGCCAGAAAGAUCCGCUCCCGCUUCCAGACGCUGGUGGCGCAGGCCUGCGACAAGUGUGCCUACCGUGACAUUGUCAAAAUGAUCGCCGACACCACGGAGGUGAAGCUGAGGAUCAGGGAGCGCAUCAUUGUCCAGAUAACGCCCGCCUUCAAGUGCGCCGGCCUCUGGCCGCGCUCCGCCUCCCACUGGCCGCUGCCGGGCAUACCCUGGCCGCAUCCCAAUAUCGUUGCAGAGGUUAAGACUGAGGGCUUCGACAUGCUCUCCAAGGAGUGCAUCGCCCUCCAGGGCAAGAACUCUGCCAUGGAGGGCGACGCCUGGGUGCUGAGCUUCACCGACGCCGAGAAUCGUCUCCUGCAAGGGGCCAGUCGGCGUCGCUGCUUGAGCAUAUUGAAGACGCUACGAGACCGUCAUCUGGAUUUGCCCGGUAAUCCGGUGACAUCGUAUCAUCUGAAGACGCUGCUGCUGUACGAGUGCGAGAAGCAUCCACGGGAGAUGGAGUGGGAGGAGAACUGCAUCGCCGAUCGCAUCAAUGGCAUCUUCCUGCAGCUGAUCUCGUGCCUGCAGUGCCGUCGCUGUCCGCACUACUUCCUGCCCAAUAUGGAUCUGUUCAAGGGCAAGUCGCCCGGUGCCCUGGAGAACGCCGCCAAGCAGGUCUGGCGUCUUACGCGCAUCAUGCUGACCAAUGUCCGAUGCCUGGAGGAGCUGUAGGGGGGGUAAACGCACACACACACAGCUGUAGUAGCAUCAGCAUCAUCCGCAGUCCCACCAGAUCCUCCAACCUCCAGGCUCCGCUGGGAAUUCUUUUAUUUUUGUUUUUGUGGACUCAAAUAUUUUAGUUUUUUUGUUUAGUUUUGAGAGGAGCGUUGAACAAAGGAUCCCAAAGGAGCCAGGAGCUAGGGAUGCGGAGCAGUCCAGAGCAGUCGGAGGAAGGAAGGAAGGAAUGGAGAGCAUUGGAGCAGUGAAAUUGUAACCCAAAUACUAUUUGAUAUUUCGCUAGAUCGUAAAUAAGUUUAGGUGCUUUCGAAAAGUAUACGCCGCUUACAGAGUUUCCUACAAUUAGAGCCUAUGACUAGGGUUACCGCAUACA